CGGUCUCCGAAUAUUUCCGAUUUCGUAACCUACGAUACUCAGCAGAAGACUUGGAGAUAGAUAAUACUUCUAGUGCCGUAAGAAAUACUUGGGCUAAUUGUAAUUUUGAAAAGUUCAAAAUGGAUGACGACGGCGAUCAAGAUAAUGUGAUCGAAGAAGAUUUUUACACUUUUCUGAACGUACCAAGAAAUGCAACUGCCGAGGAAAUCAAUAAUGCGUAUCGCAGACAAAGCAGACUUUAUCAUCCCGACAAGCACGUCGAUCCAGUCCUGAAAAGAGAAGCCGAAACUCUCUUUACUCGUACGAAAAAAGCGUACGAAGUGCUCAGCGAUGCGCAUCAAAGAGCAAUUUACGAUUCCCUUGGUACGCGUGGUCUGGAAACUGAAGGUUGGGAAAUAGUCCAAAGAGCUAAAACGCCCCAAGAAAUAAGAGAAGAGUAUGAACGUUUGGCGCGAGAAAGGGAGGAAAGGAGGCUUCAACAACGGACAAACCCAAAAGGAAAUGUCACAGUCAACAUCAAUGCUACGGAUAUAUUUAACAGAUAUGACGACGAAUACGACGACAUCAGUGACCGAAUAUUUCCAACAAUCGAGGUCAGUGGGAUGUCGUUCAGCCAGUCUAUCGAGGCUCCUCUCACCCUUAGAGAUACGGUGACUAUGUCGGGCCAGCUGGGUACACAGAAUGGGACAGGAACAGGGUCUGUGAAUGUUUCGGCAAGACGAUUAAUAUCAUCAAAGGGUUGGCUUGAGUUGGAUGUUGGUGCGGGUAAUGGGCCGAUGUUAUCUCUCAAGGGGUUCAGAACGUUAACAAAAAGGCUGUUCUGCAAUGGCGCCACUAUUCUCCAGUUCACGGCUCAUGGGAUAAGGCCCGGUCUUGUAGGAACCUUAGCAAUGCAAUUGGAUAAGCAUGCCGUUGGAUAUCUCACGUACAGAGCUGGAAUACAAAGCGCGAUGAGCACAAUGAUUGUGAGAGACACGUCUAUGUCUCAUACAUCAUUUACAAUGCAGUUUGGGAUGGUUCACUCUUACAUCAGUCUCAGUUAUACUUAUAAAAUGGAAGAAAGACAGCUGAAACUACGUGGAUGUGUUAAAGCUGGUACCUUUGGGGCUUUUCUCGAGUACGGUGCUGAAAAAAAAGUGUCCCAGCACAGCUCUCUGUCAGCCUCUGUCUCAGUUGGCGUACCUACUGGAGUGAUAUUGAAAAUAAAGCUGAGUCGAGCGUCACAAACAUAUUCAUUUCCCAUACAUUUGUGCGAGGAAGUUGUACCUGCUCCAGUUUUUUACGCAACUGUCGUCCCGUUGAUAACUUGGACUGUGAUUAAAAAGCUAAUUAUAGAUCCUGUUGUCCGAGAGCAAAAAGAACGAGACAAAGAGAAGCAGAAGGAAUUGAACAAGACUAGGAUGCUCGAAAAGCAACGCGAAGCCAAAUCAGCUAUAGAUCUCAUGAAGGCAACUUUUAGCAGAAUUAGAUCAGAGGAGGAAGCCAAACGGGGGCUUGUCAUUACUAAAGCACUUUACGGAAGAUUUGUCUACCCACAAGAACGCGCUCCAAGGGAUGACGACAAUGGGCCCAGAGACGAAGUCAUAGAUGUUACUAUUCCUCUUCAAUGUUUAGUCAAAGACUCUAAACUUGUACUACACAACGCGUCCAAGAGUCAGCUACCAGGAUUCUACGAUCCUUGUGUUGGAGAGGACAAACAGCUCUUGUUGCAAUACUUAUUCCACGCUCAAACACAUGAGUGUAUUAUAAAAGAUGCUGAGCCUCUCAGAAUACCCAAACAAUCGCACAGAGUGAACACCACAUGACGCAAAAGACUCCAACACAGAGUCAAAAAAAGUGACUGUAAAGCUGGGUGGUAAUGCACGUUAGUUUCUUGACAUUUUGUUGAUACUGACAGUUCAAUUUGCGAGAAACAGAGUAGCGUCAUUGAAUAUUUAGUAACGAUUCAUUAGUAACGCCUUGUAUUAUAAUUCAACGUUCCUUUAUUCAAUUCGAAGAUCUAAUCUUAUAUUUGACGUUUACAAGCGUGGAAGAUUAAUUUUUUCUAACUUCGCUAGAGACAACUAACUUUGUUCACUGGCAUAUGAGGCGAUGAAAUAAUAUAAAUUGUACUUCCAUGAAUGAAUUGAUCUUUCAUCAAAUUUUUAUGCAUAUUUUACAUAGUCAUCACUUGUUCCCGAGUAAAUGAAUAGGAAAAUAUUUUUAGAAACUGUUAGCUUUAAAUUCACACCAAUGUGUGACAAUUGCAGUGCUGUAUAGUUGAUCAACGACGCACGCGAUUAUCGAACACAAACUUCAGUUCACAUUGCAGGACAUUGGUGUGUAAAUUCUAUAAAUAGUUCUUUAGAGCAAGUUAUAACGCAUACAUUGUUAGACUGCCACCAGGCAGAAUGUUAUGAAAGGAACACUUGUUACUAUACAAAAACGACUGUUUCUUGAAAUGAAAAUACAUAAUUGUUAAAACAUCAAUCGAUGCUGCAUUGAUGCCACAUUGGCGGUGAGUGCAUCAUAUAUUUAUAGACAAAUUAAUAUUUUACCGUCACAUUUCAUUGGUAAUUGUAAUAGCUGAUUAAGAAGUCAAGCAGAGGUCGGUGCUUGUUCCAAGUACUAGAAUAUUCUCAAAGACGAACUCCGAGACUAACAUUUUUUUCUGGUAAA